AUGAAAACGUUAAAUGCAGUCGGACGUACGCGGAGACGAGCACAGCAUGGUCCGUACUAUGUCAGGCUCCGAGCAUCGAGUCCUCCCUCAGGGACGCAGGAUCAUUCCACGUUCUGCAUAUCCGGUCCCUCGUCUCGUGUGUAUGCUGUGCACAGUCGCAGCACGGAGGCUGCGUCACAAGCGCCUGAAGACUGGACUGGGUCCCAAACGCCUGAAGACUGGUAUACAUCGAUUACGAGAGCGGACCAUGCUCAACUGACAGCCAGAACAACUGCAGAAGAGCCAUCUUCGCUGCACGACUUCCAAGCUGCGUUAUCGGACCCCAAAGUCCUGGAGUAUUAUCCUUUCAACUCCGAUCUAGUCGAGUGCUCUGAAAAUGCUCCGCUAAAUACUCUGCCAAAGGUAAUGUCGUCUGCCGAAGAGAUCCUACUCCUCACAGAAGUAUGGCGGAGCUUCCAGGCUUUGGACGCCACAUUCACGGCUGCGCAAGCGGUGUUUGAUUCAGCUUGUGACAUUGCGACAACUCCCGAAAUUGCAUCGAGAUCUAUUGGUCUCAAUGGAUGA